AUGGGCAGUAAAUUGGCCUUAAAUUAUCAAAGUAUUUUCUUGGGAAGAAGAAUUUAUACUGCAAUCAUAUUAGUACUUAUCUACGACUACCCAGUCUAGUAGAUUCAACUAUUGAUGAUUUCAAGUUUAAUCAAUUUAUACUACCUAAUUCUUGUUAAACCAUUUGAGACCAAAGGCUAAAAUAUAUUAGAAAUAUUUAAUGAGAUAUGUAUAGUUAUUUGUAUCUAUCAUAUCAUUGUAUUCUCAGAUUUUACUGAUGAUCCUUAUCUCAAGUAUGAUUUGGGAUGGUCUUUAAAUGGUAUUGCCUUGUGCCAGAUUUUGGUCAAUACAAUCUAUAUUUUGUUCGGAACAGUUAAGAAUCUUAUAUUAAAUCUAAGAAAGUAAUUUUAAAAGUGCAGCAGAAAAACUAAAACCAAAGAGUUAAAGAAAUAUAAAAUUCCUGAAACUAAAGCAAUUAACAACUACCAAGUUUAGAAUAAGUUAAAUUCUGCUACUAGUCUAACCAGCCAGCUAGAUUAUAGCAAUGAAAUUGAAAGUCAUUCAUAUAAUUUCGAUGAAAGAUAGAAGAUGCCCUAGGAUAUUAAACAAUCCAAAAUAUCGAUUAAAAACUUUGAACCUUAUAAUAAUUUCUUUAAAUCUCAAAAUUAGAAAAAUUAGGAAAAGUAGUCUACCAUUAAAUUGGAAAAUGAGAUGAAAGAAAAAGAGUUGCCAUCAGUAUAUGAAAAAUACUUUGAUAAAUUACUGUCAACAAACAACAAUCCUCAUUCGCUUAUAAGUGAAACCGUUUCGAGCUAAAUGGAUUUAAAAAGAGAAAGAGUUCAAGACAUGUUUUAUGAUUUUGAUGCUGUUGCCUAUGAUGCUGAUUAUAUAAAGAAAUUUAAAUGA